GCUGAGAGCCGCGAGUCAGACGCGCAGCCGCUGUUCGCAGCUCCUGUUUCGCGGCAUCUCCCGAGAAACGCCAGAAGGGCCGCGGCCGGCAGGCGGCGCUGGGGACUGCGUGGUGCGCCGUCGGUCAGAGGCUGUGUCCGCCGUGCGGGGCCGAGCGCCAGCCCCCGGCGGGGCAGGAGUUACGGACAGACCAUGAAACUGAAGAAACUUGAGCGGCCAGCUGUCCAAGUGUGGAGCCCAGCCAGCCAGUACCCUGUGUGUCUGGCCACAGGAACAUCUGCCCAGCAGCUAGAUGCCUCCUUUAGCACAAAUGGCACAUUGGAAAUCUUUGAGGUUGAUUUCAGGGACCCUUCCCUGGACUUGAAACACAGAGGAGUCCUUUCUGCCUCAAGCAGGUUUCACAAACUGACUUGGGGAAGCUUUGGCAGUGGACUUCUGGAGAGCUCCGGGGUUAUUGCAGGCGGCGGGGAUAAUGGCAUGCUCACUCUAUACAAUGUGACUCACAUCCUGUCUUCAGGAAAAGAGCCUGUCGUUGCCCAGAGUCAGAAGCACACAGGGGCUGUGAGAGCCCUUGACUUCAAUCCUUUCCAGGGCAACCUCCUGGCCUCAGGGGCCAGUGAUUCUGAAAUCUUCAUUUGGGAUUUGAGUAACCUGAGUGUUCCAAUGACUCCAGGAUCCAAGUUACAGCCCUCAGAAGACGUCAGGGCGCUCUCUUGGAACCGGCAAGUCCAGCACAUUCUGUCUUCUGCUCACCCUAGUGGCAUGGCGGUUGUGUGGGAUCUCAGGAAGAACGAGCCUAUCAUCAAAGUCAGUGACCACCGAAACAGGAUGCAGUGCUCAGGUCUGGCCUGGCACCCAGAUGUAGCCACCCAGUUAGUGCUGUGCUCAGAGGAUGACCGUCUUCCAGUGAUUCAGUUGUGGGAUUUGCGCUUUGCCUCCUCACCUCUGAAGGUGCUAGACAGCCACAGCAGGGGGGUCUUGUCAAUGUCAUGGAACCAGGUUGAUGCUGAGCUGUUACUCAGUAGUGCCAAGGACAACCAGAUCUUGUGCUGGAACCUGGGGAGCAGUGAGGUGGUAGAUAAGCUGUCCACACGGAGCAGCUGGUGUUUCGAUGUGCAGUGGUGCCCUCGGGACCCUUCAGUGUUCUCUGUUGCCUCCUUUGAUGGAUGGAUCAGUUUGUACUCUGUGAUGGGUUGGAGCUGGGAAGUCCAGCAUAUGAGACAGGCUGAUAAGAUUUCCUCUUCUUUCAGCAAAGGCCAGCCUCUCCCACCACUGCGGGUGCCAGAGCAAGUGGCCCAAGCAUCACGGGUACCUCCCCUGAGAAAGCCCCCCAGAUGGAUUCGAAGACCAUCAGGUGUUUCUUUUGCUUUUGGGGGGAAGCUGGUUACCUUUGGGCUUGCCAGCACCCCAGCUCAGCAUGUGCCCCAGCCUUGCCCCCACCUUGUCUUCAUCAGCCAAGUCACCACAGAGUUUGAAUUCCUGACACGAUCAGCUGAGCUGCAGGAGGCCUUGGGGUCAGGAAAUCUUCUGAAUUUUUGUCAGAACCGGAGCCAGCGAGCUUCACUGGCAAGCGAAAAGAUGCUCUGGCAGUUUCUGAAGGUGACUCUAGAGCAAGACUCCAGAAUAAAACUCCUGAAGCUCCUAGGGUACGAUAAAGAGGAGCUUCAGAAGAAGGUGGCCAAGCAGUUGAAGAGUGACGUGGGGUCAGCAGAGAGCUCUCAGCCCCAGGGAGAUGCCCUCAACAGCAGUAGGCAACAGGCCUUCUGUAGCCAGGCCUCCAAACACUCCACAGAGGAAGCCUCUGCAUCUUCAGCCUUCUUUGAUGACCUUGUCCCUCAGAACAUGACUCCGUGGGAGAUCCCCAUCACAGAAGACACAGACGGAAUCCUGAGCCAGGCCCUGCUGUUGGGGGAACUAGGCCUUGCUGUGGAGCUAUGUCUGAAGGAAGAGCGCUUUGCUGAUGCUGUCAUCCUGGCUCAGGCUGGGGGCACAGAUCUGCUGAAGCGGACACAGGAGUGCUACUUUGCCAAGAGGAGAACCAAAAUCUCCCCGCUUCUCACCUGUGUUGUACAAAAGAAUUGGAAGAAACUUGUAUGCACCUGCAGCCUGAAGAACUGGAGAGAGGCACUGGCCUUGCUCCUGACAUACUCAGAGCCAGAGAAAUUCCCUGAGCUCUGUGACAUGCUGGGAACUCGCAUGGAACAGGAGGGCGGCAGGGCACUAACUAACGAAGCCAGACUCUGUUAUGUGUGCUCAGGGAAUGUGGAGCAGCUGGUAGAGGGCUGGGAAAGAUGCCACCAGACUUCAUCCCCUGUGGCUCUGCAGGACCUGAUGGAGAAGGUUGUGGUCCUGAACAGGAGCUUGGUGCUUCUGCAGGGUUCUGGUAGGGUGAGCCCAUGCCCUACUACAACCUACAGGCUCACCCAGUAUGCCAGCUUUCUGGCGUCCCAGGGCAGCCUGGCCACUGCGAUGAGCUUCCUACCCAGUGACUGUGCUCAGCCACCAGUUCAGCAACUGAGAGAUCGGCUUUUUCAUGCCCAAGGUUCUGCUGUCAUGGGCCAACCGUGCCCCCCUUUUCCUUUUCCCCGGGUUGUUGUGGGAGCUGCCCCCUGCUCUAAAGAGACAACCCCUUACAGAUCGGGAUCCCAGCCUUCUCACCAGGUUCCAGCUCCAUUUCCAAGGCCGUGGGCCACACUUCACUCACCCCUGAUGCCUGCAGCAUCCGGCCUUCCCUGGGGCCCUCCUGGGGGCCCUCACCAGGGACAGACCAUAGGCAGAGCCACAGCCCCUGGACCCCAGGCAGGCCGGGCUUUGUCUGUUGGCCCUGGGACAAUGCCUGCUUUGUCUCAACUGCAACUGUCAAGAGGGCAAAAGGCUCAAGUUCCAAAGCCCGUGGAGUUUCCCAGAACGUGGCCUCUUCUUGGUCCCCCUCUACCUAUGACACCCCCAGACGUGAUUCAGCCCGGUUCUGCCUCCCUGUCUGAAGCACCGAGACUACUUCCUCUGACUCCUGUGCUCCCAGCCCCUCCUGCUGGCUUCCCACUGCUGCACCCCCAUGGAGGGCCCGGUGCUCUGUGUCCUGGUGCCCUCCAGUGUGCGAGCACCCCAACUCCUCCAGGACCUCAAGAUUCCUGGAAAGAUUCUCCAGCCCCCAGGGGAAACUUUCAGAGUGAAAAGCUGCCGGAGACAUUUAUGCCUCCGGCACCAAUCACUGCUGCAGUUAGGAACCUCAUCUCUGAGCCACCCCAUGUCCUUCCAGCACAGCUCCCUGUCUCCAGUGUGAAUCUUGCACCCCCCGGAGCUACAGGGGAACUCAGCUUGCAGCAGCCUCAGCACCUGCCUCCUAAGAAGAUGGAAAGGAAGGAGCUGCCCCCAGAGCAUCAGUCCUUGAAGGCCAGCUUUGAGGCACUUCUCCAGCGCUGCUCCUUGUCUGCAGCUGAUUUAAAGACAAAAAGGAAGCUGGAUGAGGCAGCCCGCCGCCUAGAAGGUCUCUACGAGAAGCUGUGUGAGGGGGCGCUCUCACCGCAUGUUGUGGCUGGGCUCCACGAAGUUGCCCGGUGUGUGGAUGCAGGAAGUUUCGCGCAGGGCCUGGAGGUCCACGCCCAAGUGGUGGGCUGCAGCAGUUUCAGUGAGGUGUCCAGCUUCAUGCCUGUCCUGAAGGCUGUCCUCACCAUUGCGCAUAAGCUGCAGGGCUGAGCCAGGCAGCCUUCUGCCAGAAGCCACUUCUGCCGUCACUCACUUCCUGCCGAUGGAGUUUAUUUCCCAGUCCCUUCCCCUACUGCCCUGCCUGUGAGGUUCUAGGGUUGGUGCCAGCCAGCCAAGGGCCUGGUUUCCACCCACUCUUGCUUGGGACCUAGGGUCCGACCAAGGAGUCCUCUGUUGGGGGCAGGGUGGGGAGCCAGGUCUUCUUGAGUGCAGCACUGAGAGCCCUGCCCCAGGAUGUACGCCCUAGGGAUGUUCUGUUCACAGGGCUGAGCCAUUGUUUCCAAGUCUACCUCUGCUGUGACUCAUCUUACUUGUCUUUUAUUCUUCCCUUCUGGGGUUUAUGAGCCUGACCUUACCUCUUCCCUGUCUCUGAUUUUCUGUUUUUAGGCCUGUGUUCCCCAAGGGCUGGUAGCGUUGGCUGCUUGUCAUCCUAUGAACAAGCCUUGAUGUGAGGGAUGGGAUUUGGGCAGAACCAGAGGGAACUCUGGCCCCUUUAAGUGGAACUUCUCAAGUGCCAGCAUUAUUGGGGGGUGGCUAGGUUAGAGGGCAGCUGGAAGGAUGAACUGCCUUUCACUGGGAGCUCUCUUAGGUUAGAAGAUGGGAACAGAGGGACCCCAACCUCCUGGGAAGGGCCCUUGACUCCACCUGCCUUUGAGUCUGGCCCAAGCCAUGGUGAUAAGCCCCACCUACUGGAUAGGAGACCAGUUAGCAGAAGGCUGACUUUGAGCACUGCUUCUCAGGGCUUGGGCCUUUCUCCUCUUCACCUACCACAGAUCUCAGGGCUGCUUUCUCUGCAAACUGCAUUUGAGGCACUGAUGUAUUUAAUAAAACUGCUUUGGUUUGGUCUGUCCA